AUGGCAGUGGCGGGGGGAAAUACUAGGGCGGGGUAUGGGGAAGAAGGGCUAUGGUUAUGUGGGAAAAACCCUGAUAAAAGUGACGAAUGUUUCCAAUUCAUUGUAGACGAGUUGGAUAAAUUGAGGGAAGUAAGCACUAAGCAGCCCGAGAGAUAUAUGCAGAGGUCACUCCCACCGCUAUCAGUAAACAUCUCAGACCAGAUGCAGCAGCAGCAUAACCAAAUCGCGAUUCCAAUUGGUCCGCCACCACCACUGCCACUAAAUCUACCAUGUGGACAGCUAAUUGAAGGUACUAGAGAAGACUACAUCAAGUUUUGUGUUCCACUUUUUGAAGCAUUAAUGAAAGGGGAUUGGAUAGCUGCUAAAGCCAUCUUUGAUAUAAAACCUGGGCUAGUAAGGUUUGCUGUCACAAAAAAUUUUGAUACACCACUUCACAUUGCAGCAGCUGCAGAAAGCACCAGAUCUUCGAAAGAAUUUGUUGAAAAUUUAGUGAAAUUGAUGGAAAAGAAGGAUAUGGAAUUACAAAAUAAAAGUUAUAACACUGCCUUCAGUUUAGCAGCUAUGGUAGGAAAUGUCGAAACAACAAAAAUAAUUUUAGAAAAGAACAAAGCAGUGCUAGAAAUCCCUGGUAGUCAAGGGAUGAUGCCACUUUAUGUGGCUGCCGUAAGUGGAAAUUACGAUAUGGUGACGUGUCUCUAUGAUAUCUCCAAAAAAAUGUCUGGCGAUUUUUGGACGAAUGAGAUGCGGGGCUGGGUUCUCAAAAAAUGUGUCGAAGGUGAUCUCUAUGAAGUUGCUGGAAAAAUAGUGAAUGAUUGCACCCAACUCACCUCCAAUAAGAAAUUACUCAGUGAUGUCCUCUUAGUUUUGGCUCAGAAGACUGAUGCAUUUAGAGAGAAAGAACCAAAUCAUAUCUUGAGAAUUAUCGAGUCAAUUGUAAGAAGUUUUUUAAUAUUCUCUAGAUUUUACCGUUUCCAACACCUAUCGAGUCAAGUGCUAUGUGUCAUUCAUAGUCUUGCCAUUAUGUCACGAGCUGCCGCGUGGUCUUCCUUGCUAGGCGGGGCCAAAACCAUGGGUCUUACAGACAUGUGUCAGGAGCCACCUCCAGGUCUUCCAUGCAAGUAUCACAAAGACAACUAG